AGGAAUAACUCCCCGCUGCCUCUCUCUCUCUCUUGCUCCCUCUCUCCUUCUCUGUCUCUCUCUUCACUCCCUCUAUCCCCCUCCUCCUCCAGCAUGCCGCUCUCCUCUCUCCCCUCUCUGCUCCCCGUUUUCAUCUCAACUUGAACUAUUCGUGCAUUUAAUUUUUAAUGAUAAAUGUAGAGCUGGCUCAGUCCCUCUCUCCCCUCUCUGUCGCUCUCUCUCUGUCUCUACUCUCUGCUCCUGUCUUCGCCACCUGUUAGUUAGUCUCCCUCUCCUCUUCGCACUGGAAUCCCCUCUUUUUUUAUGAGGAGUUUCACACUUGCGCUACCACUGAGCCCUAUGACUGUGCGAAAAGGAAAACGUUUAGGCAUCUCCAUCCAGGAGCACAUGGCCAUCGACGUCUGCCCGGGCCCCAUCCGCCCCAUCCGUCAAAUCUCUGCUUACUUCCCUCGCCUCUCGCCCACUUCCUCCUUCUCUGAGCCGCUCUCGCCCAAUCAGGUGGCGGCCCCCACCGCACUCAGCCCCAGCAGUGUGGGUCAAGGUGGAGGGACCGUUGGAGCGGGGGGAGGUGGAGGGAGUGGCGGCCUAUUGUCGCCGUUGUUGCCAGGGGGCGCGGGCGGAGGGGGGUCACUGUCAGCCAUGAGCAGCAUGGACACCUCCAUCGAGAUCGACAGCUGUGACAGCGAUGAUAACACCUCCCUGGGGACUUUAGAGUUUGAUCUACUGUAUGAGAGAGCCACCAGCUCCUUACACUGCACAGUCCUGAGAGCAAAGGGUCUGAAACCAAUGGAUUUCAAUGGUUUGGCUGAUCCUUAUGUCAAGCUGCAUCUUCUGCCAGGAGCUUGCAAGGCCAAUAAACUGAAAACCAAGACUGUUCGCAACACGCUGAACCCUGUGUGGAACGAAACGCUCACCUACUGUGGAAUCACAGAGGAGGAUAUGUACCGAAAAACACUGCGGGUGUCUGUGUGCGAUGAGGACAAGCUGACACAUAAUGAGUUCAUCGGAGAGUCGCGGGUGGCCCUGCGCCGUGUGAAGCCUGACCAGACCAAACACUUUAACAUUUGUCUGGAGCAUCCACCUCCUCUGCCAUCACCGACUGCGAUGAGCACAGCCCUGAGAGGAAUCUCCUGCUACCUGAGAGAGUGGGAGACGGAGCAGCAGAGAAGUCUAGAGGAGAGAGGCCGUUUGCUGCUCUGCCUGCAGUACCUCCCCCCAGCCAGUGAUGGCGAUGUGAAGGGCGAGGCCAAGGAGAGGGCUCGCGGCGGGCUGUGUGUUGGCGUCAAACGCUGCGCCCACCUAGCAGCCAUGGAUGUCAACGGCUACUCAGACCCCUAUGUUAAAACGUAUCUCAAACCAGAUGUUCACAAGAAAUCCAAGCACAAAACAGCAGUCAUAAAGAAGACUCUCAACCCAGAGUUUAAUGAGGAGUUCUUCUAUGAAAUCUCCUUCUCAGAGUUAGCCACCAAGACCCUGGAGGUCACAGUGUGGGACUACGACCUGGGAAAGUCCAAUGACUUCAUAGGGGGUGUAUCCUUAGGGUGCCACUCUCAGGGGGAGACCCUGCAGCACUGGAUAGACUGUCUGAAGAACAAGGGCAAGAAGGUGGAGCGCUGGCACACGCUGACCAACGAGCUCCCAGGAUCCACGCUGCAGGAAUGAACUGAGCCUCUCCUGCUGCACUUGGAGAGACCGCCUGAAGACUCGGGAUGAGAGACGUUUCAUCGCAUGCUCUGAGGAUUUUCUGCAUGACUGUGACGGAUUCAUAUCCUAUUUACUUUGUGUCAUAAAUGAGUUCAUAAUUCAUAACAACAAACCCAAAGGGGUCACAUUCAGAGAUCAAUACUCUAAUCUUGGCUCUAACCGGACCUGAUGCAAAUGUGUGUUAAACCAUCCCCACCAUAAAAGCUACGAGUGUGAGAAUUGUAAUAAUCAUAUUCAUGGGGAUCCACGUCCCUUUUGUGGGUUUUAUGUUAAUCUAAAUGCUUCUCUGCGCUGCUUCAAACUGGUCAGAUCUCAAUCAACAAGAAAAAUUGAAAUCAUGCGAGAACGUAAAACCAGAGAGAAAGUCGAGUUGCUCUGCAGUCCGACUCCCAUCUCGUCCCCUCGUGUCAGGUUUGCUUGCUCUUAUUACAUUCGGCCUGUUCUUUUCAUUAACUGCUGACAUUAAAACUCCGACCAUCUGUCCCACAGCGCGCAUACCUCUCCCUCGCAAUAAUGUUCUGCCUAAUGCUUCCGAAGAUUUCCAAGUGGUCUUAAUGCUGUCAGACGUUUUUGUAUCUAUUUAUCAUGAUUGCCAUUGGAUCGCUUGCAGACAGCACAACCUAAUAAGACGAUUGGUUCUUCCAUGUUGAUGGUUCGUGUCAAGUUAUUUGCAUGUUCGGUGUUGACGGAGCAAAACUAAAAGACAAACACGCACCAGACUCUGCUGAAGGAUGAAACGCUCAUCAUUGUGUUGCUCCUAAUUCUCCUGAGGUGUGUUGCUCUGAUUAACUAAAGAGGAUUUUUGUGUCAUACAAGGGUAACAGUUUUUUUAUGUUGUUCACAGUUGUUUGAUGUGUCAGCUCAAAUAUAGCUGCCAGUUUCUUGUUGACACGUUGAUGUUAACCUAAUUUUGCUUCACACUCCUCAGUUUGUAAGGAAGAGGAUGGUGUUGUAAUUAACAGAGAAGUUUCAGAGCAGAGAGUUGUGCAUGGUCGUGCUCUGACAGUGAAUAAAAUCAUUGGCCCCUGUUUAGAAUCUGAAUAACAAAUGGUGUAUAGAGCACAGUGUUGUCUGACAAACUCUCCAUCGAUGCUGCUUCACUAUGGAUUGCAGGUUUUAUUUGUACUCGGUCUCGUGGUAAAAGAGGCAUGCUGAAAAUACCAGUGGUGUUCAUAUGUAAAUAUAUAUUGUGUUUCACUUGCUUUGGAUGUUUGUCUUUUGGAACAUAAACUGCGCACGGUUGUUUCUUUUGUUUGUUUGUUUGUUUGUUUUUCAUAAAACAUUCAUAUUGAUUUA